AUGGCAUCGAUUGUAUUUCUGUUUCUGAUUGUCUCUCUUCUCUCUCUCAAAGAUCAAACUGCUGCAUCACUCAGUUAUUCAUGUGCGUAUCGCAACACGAGUGUUCAGUUCACAUUAUUGACAUCUGCUCAUUCUGCAUCCAAUUCAGCUUCGAGUUGUUCUCUACAACAGUGUAAUGGCACAUCAGCAGAUAAUCAAACUUGUUCCCUAUCGCCUACACCUUGUUUCGACUAUCGGACAAUGAACAACAUCAGUUAUUGUGCACCUGGUGUUGACUGUUCAGUAUUACAGCCAUGUGACAAUGUGACACACAGUUGUGCCUCGAAUGAUUCGGUGUGCAUUGUUAACUCAUGUUGCUCACCAUCAGCUGUAUGUUUACCUGUGUUGACAACGGAGUUCUGUUCAAGAGGUAAAGCAACAACUUUUAGAAUUGAAUCGAUUGAUGACCGAAUAAUUGGAUACACUAUUGCAGCAUUACUCUGCAUGUUAGACACUGCUCUCAUAUUGUCACAGAAUGAUUUAGGUCAUAAUGAAGAAAGAAUUUGA